AUCACAGUAAAGGCAGCAAGAUAAGUUGUUACUGUUAUUAUUUACCUGCUCAUAUACAUAAAGAAUUUAUGAUGUUGUCUAGAGUAUCAUUCAGAAGCGUACCUACUAUAAGUGGAGUUCGUUUACUUUCAACUAGUAGAAUCGCCUUAAAUUCUAAUACAGUAUCAGAAGUUAGUGCUCCAGGUGGUAAAGAAAUUGUAUCAGGAGCUCCAAAAGAUUUAGUUACAAGUCGUGUUGUUAGAAUUUACCAAGAGGCUAAAGCUGCCACCCAAUCUGGUCAUCAUAAUGGAACUCGUUGGAAGUUAGAUUGGGAUGUAUUGGGUAAAGGUAAUCGUUGGGAAAAUGAUUUAAUUGGAUUCCAAGGUUCUUCUGAUUAUAUGCAAGGAACUAUCAUGCAAUUUGAUACUAAAGAAGCUGCCAUUAAAUUUGCUCAAAAUCAAGGUUGGGAUCAUUACAUUCAAGAGCCAAAAAAGAGACAUUUUAGAAAAAAGGAUUACUCUGCCAAUUUCUACCAUUCUUCUGGUCCAUUGAAGCACAUUAGAACCAAGUAAGCUUACUCUAUUCUAUUUAUUCUAGACUGUAUUCUGAAAAUGAAUGCACAGACUUGAUUGCAUAAAAAGGUAAUGUAUUACAUUAUAUUGUCAAUACAAUACAAUCCAUCAUAUCACAACACACAAUACACUAUAUACAACAUAGAUAUCUCAUUGAUUCGGUGACUAUCAAAACACCUCCAACGAUCCAUCCUUUAUUUCUUUACUUGCAUAUUUAGCCCUUCGUUUAGUACUGGUAGUAGUACUACUACUGUUUUAUUAUUAUAGUACAAUAUAUUAUAUUAUUUGAAUAUCUAGUAAAUACAGCAAGUUGUACUCCUUUCCUAU